AUGAGCUUUGUUUUCCGAGGGACUAGAGCAGAUGUAGAAUCUGGAUUUCCAGGAUUUAUUCCUGAGAGGCGUGCUGUGCGUGUUCAUGCAGCUCGACCAGUUAAUACCAACUCACUUGCUUUUCUAGUCACAGUUCUGUUGCUGUUCAUGAUCCUAAACUCACACCAAUUGUCACCUAAUUUUCUGCUCUGGCUGGUACUUGGUGUCUUUUUGAUGGCAACAAGCCUUAGGAUGUAUGCAACUUGUCAGCAACUGCAAGCACAGGCCCAAGCUCAUGCAGUUGCAGCAAGUGGCCUUCUUGGUCACACUGAGUUGCGGUUGCAUAUGCCACCAUCCAUAACACUUGCAACAAGAGGUCGAUUGCAAGGUCUUAGGCUCCAACUUGCACUUCUUGACCGGGAAUUUGAUGAUUUAGAUUAUGAAACUUUGAGAGCACUGGAUGCCGAUAAUGUUCCCACAGCUACUUCAAUGACUGAGGAAGAGAUAAAUUCUCUUCCAGUUCAUAAAUACAAGGUUGCUGGCCCUCAAAGUACUGGCUCACCAAUGCACCAGGCUUCAUCUUCAGCGAUAGCUGAGAAGAAGCAAGAGACUAUCAAUGGGAGCAUAAAAGCCUCGGACGAUGAUCUGACUUGCAGUGUUUGCUUGGAGCAAGUUAAUGUGGCAGAACUUAUCCGUAGCUUGCCAUGCUUGCAUCAGUUCCAUGCUAAUUGCAUUGACCCGUGGCUCCGGCAGCAGGGGACAUGCCCUGUUUGUAAAUUCAAGGCUGGGUCAGGAUGGCAUGAGAAUGGACUUACAGAUAUGGAUGCAUCUUACAUGGUGUAA